GAUUGUAGACUCUUCUACAGAUGCAAAGACUGACAAUGAUAUGGUAAAGCCAAAGGCUGGAGCCAAAAAUUUUUUCUCAGCCCUUUAGUUUUAACAACAGUGAAUUGUCUGCCAACACUCAACAUGGCGAAAAGUGCAGAGGUCAAACUGGCAAUAUUUGGAAGAGCAGGAGUGGGCAAGUCAGCUCUUGUGGUGAGAUUUCUGACCAAACGGUUCAUCUGGGAAUAUGAUCCCACCCUCGAGUCAACCUACAGACACCAAGCAACCAUUGAUGAUGAAGUUGUUUCCAUGGAGAUACUAGAUACUGCUGGACAGGAAGACACCAUUCAGAGAGAAGGACACAUGCGAUGGGGGGAAGGCUUUGUGCUGGUCUAUGACAUUACUGACCGAGGAAGUUUUGAGGAAGUGUUGCCACUUAAGAAUAUCCUGGAUGAGAUCAAAAAGCCCAAGAAUGUGACUCUUAUAUUGGUUGGGAACAAGGCAGACUUGGACCACUCCCGACAGGUUAGUACAGAAGAAGGGGAAAAGCUGGCCACAGAGUUGGCCUGUGCUUUUUAUGAGUGUUCUGCAUGCACCGGAGAAGGAAACAUCACUGAGAUAUUCCACGAGCUGUGCCGGGAGGUGCGUCGCCGGAGGAUGGCCCAGGGCAAGACAAGGCGUCGCAGCUCUACCACACAUGUCAAGCAGGCCAUUAACAAGAUGCUCACCAAAAUCAGUAGUUAG